AUGGCCAAGGCCCCAAAUCAUGGAGCCCACCAAGACGACUCCCACCUCCCGGGCACCGUCGCCGCCCAUUCCCACCACACCCCGAGCGAAGAGGAUAGAGGCCUCCUCGCCGACGACCCCCUCUCUCCGCACCACCAUGAAUCUCACGGCGCCGGCAUAACCACCACCACCACCGGCGACGAGGGAUACUUUGUAACAGCAAAGCAGUACGCCACAUCCCUCCGAUCACCCGGCACCCCCCGGACCCCGAAUCGCGUCCGCAACGGCGGCUCCUCCGCCCGCGCCAGUCGCGACAGCUUCGACGUCGACGACGACCUCUUCCACCACGCCCCCGGUGCCGACGACCACGACGAUCACCAUCGCCUCCCCCUCCUUACAGACAUCGAGGCUCCCUCCGUCGCCCUCGCCAAUAGCCCCUGGGGCGAGGAUGCCGACGACGUACACGAAUGGGCCGAGCAGGAGCGCGCGCGGCCCAAGUCGGGCCUCAAGAUGGCCUUCAUGAAUAUGGCCAACUCCAUCAUUGGCGCCGGCAUCAUCGGCCAGCCUUACGCCUUCAAGCAGGCCGGUUUGCUGGCAGGACUCGUUCUCCUCGUCGGCCUCACCGUCGUCGUGGACUGGACCAUCUGCCUCAUAGUUAUCAACAGCAAGCUGUCGGGGAGCAACAGCUUCCAGGGGACGGUCGAGCACUGCUUCGGCAAGACGGGGCUCAUUGCCAUCUCGGUCGCGCAGUGGGCUUUUGCCUUUGGCGGCAUGGUGGCCUUUGGCGUCAUUGUCGGCGACUCAAUACCUCACGUCUUCACGGCCAUCUGGCCCGAUAUACGGGAAAUGCCCGUCUUCCACCUCUUGGCGAACCGGCAGGUGGUCAUUGUGGUCUUCAUCUUGGGAAUCAGCUACCCGCUGACCCUCUACCGUGAUAUUGCAAAGCUGGCCAAAGCAAGCACAUUAGCUCUCAUAAGCAUGGGUGUCAUCGUGGCGACCGUCAUCAUCCAGGGAGCUCUCACUCCCAAGGCUGACCGGGGUUCCUUCACACCCGCCCUUCUGACCGUGAACACUGGCAUAUUUGAAGCCAUUGGCGUGAUCUCCUUCGCAUUCGUAUGCCACCACAACUCCCUCCUCAUCUACGGCUCCCUCAAAACCCCCACAAUAGACCGCUUCUCCCGCGUGACGCACUACUCGACCGGCAUCUCCAUGGUCGCCUGCCUCCUCGUCGCCCUCGCCGGCUUCGUCACGUUCGGCGAUAAGACGCUCGGCAACGUCCUCAACAACUUCCCCUCGGACAACGUCAUGGUCACCAUUGCCCGGCUCUGCUUCGGCCUCAACAUGCUCACCACUUUACCCCUCGAGGCUUUCGUCUGCCGCGAGGUCAUGUUCAACUACUUUUUCCCCGGCGAGCCCUUCAACAUGCACCUCCACCUCAUCUUCAGCUCCGCCCUCGUCGUCUCCGCCAUGGUCAUGAGCCUGCUCACCUGCGACGUCGGCGCCGUCUUUGAGUUGGUGGGCGCCACGUCCGCCUGCGCCAUUGCGUAUAUCCUCCCGCCGCUCUGCUACAUCAAGCUCACCACCCGCUCGUGGAAGACGUACGUCGCCGCCGCUAUCAUUGUGUUCGGUACCGUUGUCAUGGUGAUUAGUCUCAUACAGGCGGUCGCCAAGAUGAUUAGCAGUGACGGCGGGCCUGCAAAGUGCAUGUAA